UCUUGAACUUGAUGGUUUCACUCAGUUUCACGUCACAACUUCAUCGUCCUCCUCUUACUCAAGUCCUCUGCAACUUUAACCUAAAAUGAUCUCAGCACGCGUUGAUAAAAGUGUUAAGUAACUUGCUGCAAUGAAUACUUAAACAUGAACUUUUGCUGCAGUGCACUGCGACUGUGACUGUAGGGUGAGUUCGUUGAACACACGUAACAAUGGCUGAUGCAGUUGGCAUGCCUGAGCAGGACACACCGAUUUUUUCCGGCAACAAUGUCCGUCCAAGGUUGGAUGUCUAUGUUUGGGACAUGGAUGAGACGCUUGUACUACUCAACUCCUUGCUGAAAUCAUCAUAUGCAGAGGCUUUUAACGGUCUGAAGGAUGUGCAGAAGGGAGUUGAAAUCGGGAGGAUGUGGGAAAAUCUCAUUCUACAAACAUGUGAUGAUUAUUUCUUCUAUGAACAAAUUGAAAAUUACAAUAAGCCAUUUCUUGAUGCUCUGGCCCAAUAUGAUGAUGGGAGGGACUUAUCUGAUUACGACUUCAACAAAGAUGAAUUAGGCGCCCCUCAAGAUGAUGCGAACAAAAGAAAACUUGCAUAUAGGCAUCGAGUCAUUGCCGAAAAGUACAUACAGGGUUUACAGAAUAUUUUAGAUCAAGAGACAAUAAAACACUGGGAUGAAUUGUAUGAUAAAACUGAUGAAUACACUGACAGGUGGCUUUCAUCAGCACGAACCUUUUUAAAGGAGUGUUUGGGCGAAGAUGAAGAUGCAGUUUCUUCAGUUGCUUCUUCUGACAUCAGCUAUAACUCAACUAAUGUAAAGCAUGUUAAUGUUUUAGUGACCUCUGGAUCGUUAAUUCCCUCACUUGUGAAAUGUUUACUCUUUCGUCUGGACAGCUUGAUAAGCCAUGGAAAUGUUUAUAGCUCAUGGGAAGUGGGAAAAACUCAAUGUUUCCGAUGGAUCAAGGAGCGUUUCAACCAUCCUAAUGUUCGCUUUUGUGUAUUUGGAGAUGGAUGGGAAGAGUGUGAAGCUGCAGAAAUCAUGAGAUGGCCAUUUGUCAAGAUUGAUCCACGGCCAGGAAAACUUCACAGGUUCCCUGGUCUUACUUUGACAACAGUUAGCCACUACUUUUCUGUGGUGUAUGGAAGGCCAAACAAUGAGAAUGAAGAUGGUUGACUCAAGAUCUUCAUCUCAUAUACACUUUUCUGGUAUUCAUGUCUGUACCAAUAAUAUAAAAUGAAUGCAGCAGCAUAACCAGCAAUUGUGUUACCAAGUGUAUGCAUUGCUUCCGUGAGAUGGAUAUCAAUCUCAGGUGCCAAUUGCUUUUGAAGAAAUUAGACAGAGCUAUCUUUCUGACAUGCGUGAUGAUAACUUCACGGUGUAGAAAUGAAUGUAGAUCAGUCACCAAUCACCACUUCUAAUGUACAUAAGAUGUUUAAAAUUCAUCUAUGUGCACAUUCUGUAGGGCCCUCCACCCAUUAUAUGUCGUUUCUACGCUUAUUUCGCAUAGAGAAAGGCAAAUUUUAAAGCGCAUUACUAACCACUACUAACCACACAUGCAUUACUUUUGCUGCACAAAACAAUUCCUUCAAAAGGCCUAAAGUUCAAUGGAUUUUAGGCUUACGUGAAUUCGGAGUUUUGCUCCAUAAUGUACAUUCAUAGCAAAUCCAUUACAUACAAAUUUUAUAAUUCUAA